GUUCCUUCCGCCCACGAUCCGCAAUCAAAAAUCAAGAAUGAGUUGGCCAAAUUUGCUGAACUGAGGAAAAAAUCUGUUCAAGCAUCUUGCAGGCCAAGAGUGGGCGACGCUGCGAUGCAGGCACAUACAAAGGAUCACGGAUCAAGGGAUCUGCCAGGACCUUAUGGCCGACACUUGCCGGAUCCCAAGUGGCCCAACGGUGCGCACUUGGCCCUCUCCUUCGUCGUCAAUUACGAGGAAGGCGGCGAACACACAUUGCUGAACGGUGACGCCCAUUCGGAGGCUUUUCUGACGGAGAAUGGAGCGACGGGCACUACUCGCCCCUCGAGAACACUCGGCGUGGAGAGCGCUUACGAGUACGGAUCGCACAGAGGAUUCUGGAGAAUAUUGGAUCUGUUCGAAAAGCAAGGCUUGAGCUUCACAUGUUGGGCCAUCGGAAGAGCUGUGGAGCUGAACCCUCAAGUCGUUGAUGCUAUGCAGAGCGCGGGAUGCGAAGUCGCAAGUCAUUCGUACAGAUGGAUAGAUUACAAUGAUGUGCCCGAGGCAGAGGAGAGAUCUCACGUGCACAAAACUAUAGAUGUGAUCAGUCAAGCUUCUAAAAGCUCCACACCGCCCCUGGGAUGGUAUACGGGUCGUCAAUCUCUGCAGACGCGAAGGAUCGUCUACGAGACGUAUCGUGAGAGGGGACUUGCGGAUCAACUUUACGACAAUGACGCAUAUGAUGAGGAUCUACCUUAUUGGGUCCCUUGUCCUAGUCCAGCAGUGGCAGCAAAUGCGAGUGCGCAAGAGUCGGAUGCUCCUUUACUCGUCUUGCCGUACACACUCGACACGAACGAUAUGAAAUUCGCCCAGACACCAGGCUUUGCGACGUCCGAGCAUUUCUUCACCUACCUCAGAGAUGCAUUCGACGUUCUCUACGAAGAAGGCAAGAGUGGAAGCCCGAGGAUGAUGACGGUAGGACUACAUUGCAGGGUCAUUGGUAGACCUGGAAGGUUUGCUGGACUGCUCAGAUUCAUCGAAUAUGUCAAGAAGAAGGAAAGAGUCUGGAUCACCACGCGAAGAGACAUUGCCGCUCACUGGCGAACAAACCAUCCGCCACCGUCUUUGCCAACGUCAGACGCCUGAAUAGACGCGCGUGGUAUGUGACUGUGUCCCUCGUUCAUUUUUGCCCGCCACAGGAUGGCGUGUAUGAGCAUACUUUAUUCGGAGUGUAGGAGAUUCGUGAGGAGAUGGACGCC